CAGAUCGCCGCCUAGCCUGCUCGCGCAGCCGCCGUCUCGUCUGCCCGCCGACGAAGCAUGGGCGUCCAGGGUUUCCAGGAGUUCCUGGAGAAGCGCUGUCCCGGGGCCGUGGUGCCCGUGGACCUCCUCAAACUCGCGCGCACGGUCUCGCGCCAGCAGCAGCAGCUCCAGCAUUUCCAGCUGCCACCUGCAGUAGCCCUGGCGCCCGGGGCUCCGCGCGUCGCCAGGGGAUCCGCUCCUCUGCAACCGCCGUUCGCGCCCGCUGCCUUUGGUGCCUACUCCGGGGGCGCGGGGCCGACUCGGCACCAUCACCCAGCUCACCACUUCCACCACCACGGCCAGGGGCAUCCCAGCCUGCACCCGCCGCCGCCGCCGCCGCCGCCGCCGCCGCCCCCUCCCCCCCCCCAGCUUCCCGGAGCCCGGGUGCUGGUAGACGCGGGCUCGGCGCUGCAGCGCCUUUAUGGCGGCUACCAGACGGAUUGGGUGUGUGGCGGCCAGUGGAACGCCAUGCUCGGUUACUUGUCAGCGCUAUGCCAGGCUUGUGCCUAUCCCGGCGGUGACGGCCUGGAGCUGGUGGUCAUGUUCCCUGGGGGCCUGGGCAAGGACCGGCUGGCUGAGUGGGGCCGUCGGUGCCAGACUGAGCGGCAGACAGCGCAACUGAUCGUGGGACACGUGGGCAACAAGGGCACCCCUCCUCCACGGGCCUGGUUCCUGCCACCGGCUUGCCUGAGCCACUGCGUGAGGCUGGCACUCAUCCGCUUCCGGGUCAAGGUCUUUCAGAGUCUUGAAGACCACCAUUUGGAAGUGGUGGCUUUUUUCAGGGAAAAUGGCUUCCAUGGCCUUCUUGCCCAUGACUCCGAGUAUGCUCUCUACAAUAUUCCCUUUUACUACAGUUCCCAUGCUCUGAAGCUGAGCUGGAAUGGGAAGAACCUCACUACCAACCAGUUCCUGAUGCAGGAGGUGGCCAAGCAGCUGGGCCUGAAGCGGAUGAGUUUUCCCAUAUUUGCUGCGCUGCUAGGUAACCACAUUCUCCCAGAUGAGGACCUGGCUGCUUUUCACUGGAGCCUCUUGGGACCAGAACAUCCCCUUGCAUCACUUAAGGUCCGAGCUCAUCAGCUGGUUCUUCCUCCUUGUGAUGUGGUGAUCAAGGCUGUUUCCAAGUAUGUUAGUUCCAUCAAAGACCCCUCUAACCUGGAUGUGGUUGGGAAGGAUGUUUUCAAACAGUCUCAGUCUAGGACGGAAGAUAAAAUAGAACGAUUCAAGAAAGCAGUUGAGUACUAUUCAGUCACAACCAAACUCUCUACGCUGCCAGUGGGUUCCUCCUCCUUUCUAGGUUUUCGUAAUAAUCGGCUUGCAAAUCCUCCCCUUCCACGAAGUCAAAUGGGCACUUUUUCUACUGGGAAGCCAAUGUUUCCUCAACAUGUACCCCAGAAAAUAAAAUAUCCACCACCAUUCCCAUUUGGACCCAACUCCUCUCUUCUCUUCUCCCCCCAUGCUUUGGGGGAAUCCCAUGCUUUUCCUGAGAAUCCCGUGCUGGAAGACAACCCCUUUGCCAGUUGGGCUGUUUCUUAUGACUCAUCACAGUUUCCCAGUUACCUGACUUCCAAAGCCUCGCCUCUGGGACAAGACUCUUCCCACUCUUCUUCUACUGAUGGUGAUGAGCCAAAUGGAGUCGGCUCUGAUCACGUCACAGAAACAUUUCAUCAGCAGCCUGGAUGGAAGAAUCCAAAUGGUGACAGAGGGCCCUGGGUACGGCCUAUUGAUGCUGGAGUUUCAGGUGCUACCCUAGGUGAUGGUGAGCCCCACAUCCCAUCUCUGCUUUCUAUGUCUACGCGAAACCACAUGGAUAUCACCAUUCCGCCCUUACCUGCAGUAGCUCCAGAAGUCUUGCGGAUUGCCGAACACAGACACCGAAGAGGUCUUAUGUACCCAUAUAUCUACCAUGUCCUCACUAAGGGUGAGAUUAAGAUCCCUGUAUGUAUUGAGGAUGAGUGCAACAUGGAGCUGCCUCCAGCUGCUAUCCUGUUCCGGUCAGCUCGUCAGUAUGUAUACGGAGUCCUGUUCAGUCUGGCAGAGACACAGCGGAAACUGGAACGCCUGGCCAUGCGGCGACGGCUGCCUGUGGAAGCUCCUUCAGUGAUCCUUAAAGAGUGGUCUGCCUAUAAAGGGAAGUCACCUCAAACUCCAGAGCUGGUUUCUGCGCUGACAUUUCGGGAGUGGACUUGCCCAAACCUCAAGAAGCUCUGGCUAGGCAAAGCAGUUGAGGACAAGAACAGAAGGAUGAGGGCCUUCCUGGCCUGUAUGAAGUCAGAUACACCCAGUAUGCUCAAUCCAGCUAAUGUGCCCACCCAUCUGCUGCUCAUGUGCUGUGUACUCCGGUACAUGGUUCAGUGGCCUGGAGGUCGAAUCCUGCAUCGCCAUGAGUUAGACACCUUCCUUGCACAGGCAGUAUCUGCCCAGCUUUAUGAACCAGAUCAACUUCAAGAACUCAAGAUUGAGAAACUGGAUGCCCGAGGAAUCCAGCUUGCUGCCCUCUUCAUGAGUGGGGUUGACACAGCUCUGUUUGCUAAUGAUGCCUGUGGCCAGCCAGUCCCUUGGGAGCACUGCUGCCCCUGGAUUUACUUCGACGGCAAGCUGUUCCAGAGCAAACUAAUUAAAGCAGGCCGAGAGCGAGUAUCCCUGGUGGAGCUCUGUGAUGGCCAGGCUGACCUGGCAACCAAAGUGGAAAAGAUGAGACAGAGUAUCCUUGAAGGAGUCAACAUGAACCAUCCACCGCCUUCUGCUCUACUUUCAUCACCUACUUUUGUGCCUCCCAUGGUGCCCUCUCUCUAUCCUGUUUCAUUUUAUUCCCGAGCCAUGGGCUCAGUGCCACCUCCCCCUCAAGGAAGGAGCCGGGGGUUUGCAGGUCUCCAUCCAAUCCCACCCCAAGGAGGAAAACUGGAGAUUGCUGGGAUGGUUGUGGGCCAGUGGGCUGGCAGCAGACCCUCCAGGGGCCGAGGCUCCUUUGGCAUGCAAGUGGUUUCUGUUGGUGGGCCAGGAAAGGGGCAUGGAAAAGAACCGACUGGUAGAGGAUCCAAAGGACCUAAAAAAGGAAAUAAACAAGGCACUUCAGAUGGAGUUUCUAAGUCCCUGGAGCCUCAUCAAAGUCUGUCCCGCUCACAGGUAAAUGGAAACAAUGGCACAUUGAUCAAGGAAGAGAAGAGUGGUCAUCAUCUUCCAGCUGCAUCACAGUGUGCCUUACCCAGAGACAGCAGCAUGUGUAAUCAUGGUAGCCGCUACUUCCCUGUGAAGAAUGGGGAGAAGAGCCGCUUGGGAGAGCAAAAGCUGGGGACUGUGGUACGACAGAAAGAGGAGUAAAAAGCUGCAGGUGGCUUUUCCAGAUCAGGAAGGGAAAACAUAUACUUGUCUGAUUUUAGGCUCAAGUUAGGGGAUGCUAUAAAUGCCUUCCGUAGAUUUAUCCAGGAUUUUGUUGGAAUGUCCUACUGUAUCUAUCCUUUUCCCUUCCCCAUCUUUUUCUGGGCCUCCAGACAAAGUGGUCUGCUUCUGGGGAAGCUUUGGUCAAACAUGAAUGGCAACAGGACUGGCUCCUAUUGUCAAGUAUAAUAUAAAAUGCCAGUAUCCUGUUACGUACCCUGGAGCCUAGUAAGGUAGUGACUGUCAGAAAUUGGUGUCAUCACAUAAGGCCCUAUAUAGAAAAGUUCCAGCUUUGGUUUUUCUGAGUCUUCAUCAUGAUACUCAUUGUACAAAACCUGUGGGGUGGUAGGGACAGCUGCCUACAUGGCUUCCUAACUUGCUUUUUGUUCUGUGGAGUAGUGGGGCCUUUGUACAUAAUCAGUAUCCACCUCCUCGUCACUCUCCCCCACUCACCAGUUUGUACCGUUGCCUCUAGCACUGGCCUGACAAUCAGACAGGUAGAUGUUUUCAGGGAAGUGAGUUAGUAUUGGUUGUUUUAUUUUUUAUUUUAUUUUAUACACUUAAAAAAAAAAA